AUAUGUUUUGAAAUAAGUAUGAGAACAAUCGCAUGACUCUCGUUUGUAUCCGUCAAGUUGGUUUAAUUCGAAUUAAUCUUUUCACAACACUCUGGAAAAUUUGUGCUGCCCUCUUGUGUCCUACAUACUAGAACUCUUGGAAUAUUUACCGAUGAAUAUCUUUUAACUCUUUCAUAUGCCAUUCGCCAUUCUGAGCAAAGAGCCCUGAUGGUGUCGCGAGAGGCGUAUCGAGAGAAAUCCGGACACUCUCGGUGUUUAUCUCGCUUUUCAUAUCGGAGCAUAGGGCGAGCAGUUACGUCGAAGGUAGCAUAGCGACGGCAGCGCGCCAGGGGAGGGUCACCGCGGUGUCGGUCAGUGGCGGUGGCGCGAUCCGAACGUGACCUACGCAGGAGAUGUCGACCACAAGAUGACAGCGGCCGUAUGACGACGCUGGGCUGGCGAACGCCUCGACACCGGCUCGACAGCAGACACCGGAAAACGUCAGAGGAACGUUUGUGCACGGGGUGUGUGCAUCCGAGCGAGUAGGGCGGACCGAGAUAGAUAGACUCUCUCGUCUCAGUCCUCAUCGUCGUCGUGCGAUGCACACGACGGCAUCCUGAACUUGCUCGUGCACCGCUGGAGUCCCGAAGUGUCGCCGCCGACGAGGAGGAGAAGUGCUGGUCAGCGGCAUGAGCGUCUUCGGGGACUUCCAGCGUGUCUGGGUGCAGCGCUUCCCGGACAGCGCCUUGCCGGCUGCCUGGGAGGAGGACGUCCGAGCCAAUCUGGUGAAACACAAGCAGAAGGUCACGGCAUUGAGAGAAGAACUCGAGAAGGAAGAGUUUUAUGUGGAAUAUUUGGAGAGACUGCUGGCUGAUGUCGAGCGACACAAACAGCUGGCCAACAGCACUAAUGCGACAAGCAUAUCCGAGAACAAGCAAGCGGCGGAGUCCCAGCAGGACUGUCAAGCGUCGGAGAGGAAUGUCUCGGCGGAUCCGCCGAGCUCGCAGAACGUCGAACCGUCCGCCCCUCCCACUCUUACAGAACGGGAGGACAUCAGCAAGUUCCAAGACAAAUGUGUCUCCGAAUUGAGCUCCACUCUCGGCACGGCCAACAGGAGACCGAAGAGCGAGAUACCGAGAAGUCCCGAGAAAGUGCCUGAACUUAGAAGAAACAGCGAUCCGGAUGUGCCGAGCAAUUAUGUCACUGUGAUCGAGGUCACUGGCAGCUCGAAGAAGGAAAAGACCGAGGAAUCGCUGAAGGAGGAAGAUGAGAAAGAAUUGGAAAAAGCGGCCAACGAGGAUGGUGAGGACGGUGACGCGGAAGCGUCGGAGGAGGAGCCUUAUUACGAUUCAGUAGCCCUGGACCAGACCGGCGAGUACGUAUACAUCGACGCGCGCGUGCCGGCAGUCAACAACGACGGCGGCGGCAAAGCGGCGGCUCCUCGAAGGCCGCCUUCGCUGCCGGACUCGCCGGGCAAUCAGAGUAAUUAUGUCAACAUCGAUUAUUUCAUACAGCACAGAGCGGCGAUGGACAGCGAGGAUGAGGAGGGCGCCAGUCCGGCGCCCCCGAUCUUGCUGCGAGCUCUGAGCACUGACAACGAGACCGGCAGCAGCGACGCCGAGCCUCUGAGUCUGAGCGAAGGCAGUCUGGAAUCGCCGACCCCUACGACGCCACGCAGGCAGGAGAAGAGCAAGGAUCGCGAGGACGACAGGACGUCGAUGGUCAAGUGCAUUGUGAACUCGGUGGUGGAGAGCGAGGCUGUAUACGUGGAAUGUUUGACUGUGAUGUUACAAUAUAUGAAAGCUAUUAGGGCAACUCUGACGACAUCUCAACCGGUCAUCUCGGAGGAUGAGUUCGGGACAAUGUUCUACAAGAUUCCGGAACUGCAUGGUCUGCAUCAGACAUUUCUGGACGGUCUUCGGAAGAAGACGGAGAAAUGGGAGAGCAAGACUACUAUAGGAGAACAAUUUAAGAUUAUGGCCAGUAAUAUAGGAUUAUACGGUGCGUUUUUGCAUAAUUACGCUCGUGCGACUGAUACCGUGCGACGGUGUUCCGCCCAUUCCACUCAGUUCGGAGAAAUUACCAGAGACAUAAGGCUCAGGGGUUUCCCGAAGGGCCCGGGUUUGUCCUUGGAAGACUUGUUACACAAGCCAGUCGCACGAGUGCAGAAGAAUGCAUUAGUCUUACACGAUCUUCUUAAGCAUACGCCAGUCAACCAUGCGGAUCACGCGCCUCUGUCAGAAGCUCUGGCUAUGACCAGGAACUUCCUCGAUGAAUUCAAUAUCAUUCAAACGAAGUCCAUGUUUCCGAGUCACGACAGAGCUCAACGAAGAUUAGUGAAGAACUCGUUCGUGGUGGAGCUGUCCGACGGUCACAGAAAGCUACGACACCUCUUCCUGUUUAACGACGUGAUCGCAUGCGCCAAGUACAAAGCGUCCGGCAGGGACAAGUUCACGUUUGAGCUGAAGUGGUACGUGCCGGUGGCCGAGGCCACCGUCACGGAAGACGGCAUAGAGCCGCGCGAGGCCAGUCCCGCUAACGUGGUAGCUUUAAGGUCACAAGCAUGCACGGUGCGUGACCAGAUAUUGUGGGAGGAGCGGAACGAUGAGAAACGGAUCAGACUGGGCGGCAGGGGCUCAGAGAAAAAUCGCAAGAAGCUUGCCGAACUCGAGGCCCAGCUGGUGUUGGCCUCACCGAAUUUGGUUCUGCGUGUCGCGCACAAGAAUCAACAGAACCGAGUGCAAAACUCGUACACCUUCUUCCUGUCCAGUGAGUUUGAGCGUUCUCAAUGGGUAGAGGCGGUGGAGGCGUUGCAACAGGGUGGACAACCUCCGGGACAAUUGCCGCUGUCAAUGUACGAGCUGCAAGCUUGGGUCACUGCUUGUCGAACAUACUUGCAGACGGAUAUGGGCAGUUACUUGUUGAGGUCAGGACGCGAUGAGAGCUUGCUGCUGGGUGACCUCCACCUCACGUUACUUGGUUUAACUCCACCGGGUUUAGACAGAGUGGGCGAUCUCUACAUUAUCGUGGAGGUUGACAGCUACGGACACUACUUCAAGAGGGCGCGGAGUCGUGUCGCGAGAGGUCAAGCUCCGAUUUGGGGCGAGACCUUCGUGGUGGAAUUAGAGGGAAGUCAGAACGUCAGAAUUCUGUUGUACGAGGAAUGCGGGGCGCGUUCGGUGCUGCGAGGGAAAUGCAUUCAGCGACUGAGUAGAUCCUGGUUGCAGUCCGACCAAGUGGAGAGGUCACUUAACCUGGGGCCUGCGACAUUAGACGUGGCGCUGCGUUUCGUUCCCAGUGAAGUCACCUUGAGGCGAGUGCCGUCAGCUAAGCCGCAGGGCUUGUUUGGCGCCAAGAUUCAGCAAGUUUGCAAACGGGAGAAACGCGACGUGCCUUUUAUAAUAACGGCAUGCGUGCGAGAAGUGGAGAGACGGGGCGUCGGUGAAGUGGGCUUGUAUCGUGUUUCCGGUUCGGCUUCCGAUUUGGCGAGGCUACGCAAGUCGUUCGAGAGCAACUCGUACGAAGCGGAGCAACUACUCAAAGAGGUGGACGUGCACUCGGUGACGGGCGUGCUGAAGCUAUACCUGCGCGAGAUGCCGGAGGCAUUGUUCACCGACGCGCUCUACCCGGCGUUCUUGGAAGCCUUUCAGACGGGCGAUCUGUCGCGGGGCGCCGCACUACGUCGCGUCUACGAGGGCCUGCCGGCCGUCAACAAGGCGGUAAUAGACUUUCUUCUGGCGCAUCUGGCGCGUGUCAACAAACACGAGGCGCAGAACAAGAUGUCCUUGCACAAUCUGGCGACGGUGUUCGGGCCAACGUUGCUGCGACCCGGCACCAAUUCGCGCAGCGACGCCAAGAGCCGCGACCCCCUCGCUGCCGGUACCGUCGACGUGAUGGCGCAAGCCGGCAUUCUCUACUGCUUCCUGCAGCUGCACAUGCAACAGAACAAUCAAUCGCUCUAGUCGACAGAGUCCCCUCCUCCUUGAUCUCGCUCCGUUCGAGAAACGCGGCGAUCUUCUCCCCGAGAUCACGCGCGGUUGUCCGAAGGACGUUGUCUUUCACGAACGUUUGUAUUGCAGAUCCAGCGUGUUGCUUAUCUUUGAAUGACGCGAUAAUGCGAAUUUAACGCGUUUUCCAAUGCGCAACCAGCUUGCUAGAGAUGUAUAGCAACACAACCGUGUGAAAUCAAUAUCCUUCGGACAGCCUUUCCCUCACUGACGAUCGCAUCACCGGUCUCCCUCGUAGAAACGUUAGUUUCGCGCGGCGUAUCCUCCUUCGCGCGACUUCCAGAAGUAGAAGUACGGAGAGCCGAAAUGUAUUAAAGCGAUAGGCUGCUGCUAGCUUCGACGGAACUGUAUUCGCGCAAAGUAACGUAGCAGAGCUGCUCUUAGAGAACGUACAUAAUAAUAUAUAGCAUACAUAUAUCUUUUUACUUUCGAGGUCCAUAAUAUAUUUUCUACUCCGCAUAUAUUAUCGGCGAGGGACGGUCUCUCGUUCGCGUGCGAUCCAAUUUUUCGACGACCUUUCACCGAGAAACUUUUCAGCAGUCCAGGUGGUGCGAAAGGCGGAACAUUGGCCAAAGAGUAUCGGUGUACGAGGAAGCAAAUCGAUAUAAAUAUUCCUAACUAUUGCAGUAAUAUUCGGUUGAGUAUAUUAAGAGAAUAUUCUCAGAAAAUAUCGAAAAGUCCUAUUAAAGUCUCCGACAAUUUGACGGAGAAAAGUUUUGUAAAAAAAUCGAAAAUUGAAAUUUCGAAAGCCUGAAAAUUUAUGCACCGUGAAAACGUGCAGCCCGAAUGAUACGAGGAUCUAAGAGGAGACGUCUUUCUCCGCUGAUUUUUUCUUUCUCCUUAGAGAUAUCUAUCUUUAAAUACUGAUGUUUCAAGUUCUUACGAAAUACUUCGAAUGUCUGUCUGAAUGAUCGUCUUAAACCGUCGAGGAACUUUCUGAACCUCUGUUAGACGCACUACAUUUUUAAGAUGUAACAUUUAGCUGUUUUAAGGCAUCUUCAGAAUCGUUAGUUUUUCGAAACAUUGAAUGAACUAAUCAUCCAUGUUACAAAUAUCUGAGACAUUCUCUAAAUCAACGUCCAUUAUGAAUGUUUGAGACAUCUUCUAAACUCGUCUUUCAAGCGUCUCUUGGAUUUCCGUGUCGUUCGAGAACCAAGUCCGGUCGCGAUCUGUGCUCUAGGAAGUAAGUACUUUUUCACAUGGCGUGUUCCUAGCAAAGAAUCUAAAUCUUUUUAUACGCAAUCCCUUUUGUAUAUUCGCGUUGCAGAUUGCAACGCGCGUUAACCUAUCGCCGCCCUGAGUAAUCGUAUGGAUCGUGUACUCACCAACAGCGUUCAUCUCGCAAGCGCCAAAGCAUCCAGAGAAACGAAAGAUAGAAUGAGAGAGAGAGAGAAUGAGAGUGAAAGAGAGAGAGAGAGAGAGAAAGAGGUUCGCGUCGUUUCCGAGGAUUCGUGGGAACUGCGUUCCGCGUCGUGCAAAAUGGAGAACCUACGUUAUACGCAUACGCAACGUAAUUAUAUCGUCCAUUCCAAUUUACCAACUCGCGAAAUUCAUCGCGAAGAAUCGAAGCUCCGAGACAAGGAGAGCUCGAAUCUUCGCAAGGGCAGAAGAGAAAAGAAUGAGACCGUCUCGGCACUGAAACAAGUGACCUCAGAAUUUUGGCCCAAAAAGACAUACGAUUGCGAGAAAGAAAGAAAGGGAGAGAUAAAGAUUGCCAAGCAGACUGCUUGAUAAUUAAGCUGUGAUUAGACUGAUCGCGUGGAGAACGCGACUACCUUCCAGAUAGCAUCAUGAAUAUCAGAAGGAUGUCUGAUAGUCCCGAGUUGCUCGGGCAUUCAUGAGCCGUCUAUUGCAAGUUCACAUAUUUCAGACACACGUAUAUCUGAAGGCGUGUAGCGAACGUCUUAAAUUUGUCCAGACAUCCUCUGUGUUAGGUAUUCUGAAUUUGUGAAAUCCUUUUUAGACACUUAAGAGAAUUUUCUUCAAUACGUUUUUAUGAAUCUUUUUUUCAUUCUGUUGUCAGCGUCUACAUUUUUCUGCACAGAGAUCCUGACGAAGAUGCAAGUUUGUCGUGCAAUUGUUUUCAUUAUUGUCUAAAUGCAGCUUAAUGGGACAAGAGCCAAAGAGAAAGGUCCUUUCUCGUGCGUGCAAGGUGUUCCAAAAAAUCGAUUUAACCAAUAAAAAAACGUGAUUCUCUGCGAAAAUGUGAGAUAAAUAUUGAAAAAUUCGAGUUUUGAAUGAACGAAAUAUUUUCCUCUCUUUUUCUUAAUUUUGAGCUUUAAAUCGGGAUUUCGACCGUACUAUGAUUUCUGGGACACCCCAUACGCUAGAGAAUAAUGUAAUUGAUAACGAGAAAGAGAGUGUGAGAGAGAGAGAGAGAGAGAGAGAGAGAGAGAGAGAGAGAGAGAACACAAACGCGCGAGUUUGGCAGUACAAAUCCAACACUCGAUAUAUAUAAAGUCCCGCGCAUUAUGCCAGUCGUCUCUGAGAUUGCAAUAAUUGCACGCUAAAGAAAAGAGAUACAGAAAUCAGUGAUUCAACUACAAGUUUUCGGGCCUUAAACAAAUCGACAAAAAUCAUGUAGAUUGUGAAACUGAAGAAAAAUUAAAAUUCGUAUCUUUUAACUCGUCUAACAUUUAUUCGAUUAAGAAAGAAAUGGUUUACGUGUCCUACGUGUCCCAUUCUACGUGUUAAACUAUCAUCUCUUCUUAUAAUUUUCUCUACAAAGAAAAGGAUCGCUUACUCACGCUCAACUGUAGUUACGUCACUGAGAGCAAGAGGAAGAAAAAGAAAACGGAUCAAGUCUGACGAGAGAGAAUGUUCGAUGCAAACGAAACCGAAUAAGUAUUAAACUGUUCUAUGCUCGAGCGAAGGCAACUAUAUGUAUAUCUCGUGCGUGUGAAGGCAACCGUGCGUGCGUGCGUGUGCUUGUUUUUGUGUGUGCGUGCAUAAACUCUCCCUCCCCCGUGUAUGUAUUAUACCGUAAAAAAAUAUCGCAUAUAUACGUUUAAUUUUGAUAUCGUCAUUUUAAGGAGCGUCGUCCCCUUUUUGUACAUUCACACGUGUAAAGACUCGAGUUUUUCUUUGAUUAUUAUUUGUGUUAUUAUUAAUAUUAUUAUUACCACUAUUAUGCUAUUCUAUACACGAGACACACAAUUAUCGUCACGUAGUAAACUAUUUGUUACGAGAUUCGAUCGAGCUAGCUUGUCCGCAGCGAGACGAUGUACUGCCAAAAGAAAAAAAAAAACCACAAAAACACUUAAAGUGCAUAAAUAUAUACCGAAAGUUUAUAAACUUUUA